GUCAGUGCACGAGGACGAGCUGUAGUGUCGCUUGAAAGAGUGUGAAGUUUUUGCAAACCGCAGACAUUUCACAGGAUUCUUUAUAAUUAAAAAAAAAGGUAUAAUGUUAGUCUUGUCUCCUCAUGGCAUUUUCGCAGUUUUGUCUGAUUUGAAUUAUAGCUACAUUUGUACGUCGGUACUCGGGAGUUUUCAACCCAUAACCUGUUUCUUUCUCUGUUUCUCGCGCGGUUGUGAAGUUGUGAAGAUGCGCUCGCAGCUGAUGCUGUCGCUGGGUCUCGCGCUGCUCUGGAUGGUAGCCGUGGCGCACGCCUACCCGUUCAAACCGGACAACCCGGGGCAGAACGCGCCAGCAGAAGAUCUCGCCAAGUACUACUCUGCGUUACGACACUACAUCAACCUCAUCACUCGACAAAGGUACGGGAGAAGAUCCAGCCCGGAGGCGCUCUACUCAGACCUGCUGCUGCGCGAGAGCUCCGAGAGCAUCCCCUCGCGGGCCAGGUAUGACGACCUGCCCGCCUGGUGAAGUCCGCCUAGACCGAAGAGUAUUCAUCCAGCAUUCCUUCCGUUCGGCUAGCAUUCUGUUACGUGUGUGCAUUCUCUCCCUC